GGGUAAUCAGUCAUCAAAUAAAGCAGCUGACUGACGAUCGAUUUAGACACUCUUUCUGUUGUUUCUGUUGCUCAAAGACGCAAACGCGACUAAUGCUAAGAUUUAUCAUGUAUGUAAAGCCAGCCGUAUGGAUCUCACUCAUCUUUUCUAUCCAGGAGGUGUUUCUGCAGGAGUAUGGGGACGAUUAUUACGAAGCGUAUGACGACCCUGAGCCUCUGAACUGCUCAACUACAGAGACCAUUAGAGGUGGACAUGUAACCUACUCACAGGGGGGCCUAGAGGGCAGCAUGCUGACCUAUCACUGCGGCCUAGGCCAAUACCCUUUUCCAGUCAGCUCCAGGAUCUGCAGUGACGGGGACUGGUCAACCAUGAGAUUACCAAGUGGCAGACAGGUGUCUCGAGCUAUAUGCAAAGACAUGAUGUGUCCAGCUCAGAUCCAGCUAGAUCAUGGUGACUUCUGGCCCAGAGAUCAAUGGCUCCAUGUCGGGGCAACACAGAGCUUUUCCUGCCAUGAGGGGUUUAUGCUGUUUGGAUCAGUCAAGAGGAACUGCACCAUAUCAGGGGAGUGGACAGGAACCACCCCUAUCUGUCUGAACAACGAUGCCCCUGAUGACUGUGAUGACCCUGGGGUCCCAUCAGGAGCCCAGAGAACAUCAGGCAGGUUUUAUAGAGGAGACAAAGUCAUCUACACGUGUCAGGCUGGUCUGGAUCUGUUGGGAUCAGCUGAACAGGUUUGCCUGGAGAACAGGGAGUGGAGCGGCUCAACACCUCGCUGCCAAGCUCCAUACACCUUUGAUUCUCCCAGCAUUGUGGCAGAAGCCAUGACAGGGUCUCUGGCAGGACUUAUGGAUGUGGUCUCACCAGAUGCCAAACAGAAAGGUGUAAGGAGAGGCUUUGGUCGAACCUUCCAUGUGGCUAAAGGCAGUCGAAUGAAUGUCUUCAUUUUACUGGACACGUCAGGAAGCAUUAAGGAGGAGGAGUUUGGUAAAUCCAGGGAUGCCACUGUUGCUCUUCUAAGGAAGUUGGAUUCCUAUGAGGUACAGAUCAAGUUUCAUGUGUUGUCAUUCGCCAGUGAAGCUAAAGAUAUUGUAAACAUCACAGACUCAGACAUAAGUGGCGACAUCGACAACGUCAUAUGGAAUCUGAUGAAUUUCGAGUACAAGAGCCAUGGGAAGAAGACAGGCACCAACCUCCAUGCUGCCCUGCAGCGUGUCUAUGAGAUGCUUGGCUUCUUAAAAAGAAACAGCGCCACAAAUCAUUUCAAUGAGACUCAGAACAUCAUCAUCAUUGAAACAGACGGUUUCACCAACACAGGCUCUAAGCCUCAGAAUGACCUGGCAAAGAUCCGGAGCCUACUGGGUUACCAUGACAGAACCCCUGAUCACACACUCGAGACCAUGUUGGAUGUCUAUGUAUUCGGUAUUGGCAGUGAUGUGAAAAGAGAUCAACUAAACUCUUUGGCCUCAAAGAAACGUGGCGAAGAACACGUCUUUGUUCUGAAAGACUAUGAAACUUUGGGAGCGGUGUUCAACAGCAUCAUUAGUGACAAAAGUGUGACGAUGUGUGGGGUAGCUCAGGAGGACACCUCUGAGAAGCAGGACGGGGAUGAAAAAGGGGUCUACACCAGACCCUGGCAUGUCACUUUGAGAACGUCAAGUCCAUGUGUAGGAUCCAUUGUGAGCCAGAACUGGGUGUUGACUGCAGCUCACUGCUUUGCCAGAGCAAGCACAGACUUUCAACAGGGAUACAUACAAUAUGGUCAAGCUGAUGGCACUGUGGCUCCCAAAAGAGUGAUCAUACACCCUAAGUACAACACUGGAGCACUCAAACACAGAAAUGUAUCUGAGUUCUACGACUACGAUGUGGCUCUGGUGGAGGUGAACACGAGUAUUCCUCUUUCUUGGAUGGCCAGGCCUAUUUGUUUACCAUGUACGGUGCCAGCAAGUCGAGCCCUGAAAAAAGUCAACUCUACCUGUCAGCAGCACAGGCAAGAACUACUACCUCACCCGGAGACUGCUGCCUCUUUCAUUCAUAAGGGCUCUAAACGCAAAAUCACAUAUAUACAAACAGGAGGUCAGAGGCCAAGCUGUGUGGAGAAGGCUAGAGGAACCCUUAAAGAGCCUACCAAUGUGACCAUGGACGAGUACGUACCUGACAGAUUCCUCUGCACUGGAGGGCCCAAACACAAGUACACUGUCACCUGUAAAGGUGACUCUGGCGGGUCACUCUUUCUGGAGAAAAGGAAGCGCUACUUUCAGGUGGGACUAGUGAGUUGGGGCACUGCCGAUGUAUGCAGUAAUACCGAUACAAGGAUGAGGGGGUACACUCCUGACAACCCACACCCUGAUGCCCGAGACUUUCACAUUGACCUCUUUAAGAUCGCGCCAUGGCUCAAAGAGCAUCUUGGGAAGGAGAUCCAGUUCCUGCCUGAUGUUAAGUGAACAUUGAAGUUGAGGUCCAAUGAGCUCUUCAAAGCUUUAUUGUCAUAUUGAGUAGUGUGAUUUGUAUAGCUGUGGUGCAGUAAUCUCACCUCCAGACUGAUUUUUUAAUUUAGUAUAAAGUGUAUAAAACACCUGCUAGUAAAAUAACUGUAUUCUUUCUAAUCACAUCAUGUAAAACAUGCACAAUCAGCUCUUAAAUUAAUAAAAAAAAUGGAAUAUGA